AUGCAGCCUGCACUGGCGCCAGCGCCGCAUCCAAGCAUGCAGACUUCUGCUCAGGACCAUGCGGAUCAGGUUCUUCAUGACCAGCUUCUAGCUGCUCAGCACCACCUGGGCGGUCGCCCUCAAGGUGCACCAGGCCAGCAACAGCACCUGCAGCCCAGCAAUGCUAGCCCUCGCGAUCAGGCAAAUAUUGACCCGGCCAUAUCAGGUGCCAUGCUCGGCGCCCCUCAGACUCCCACCCAACCGCAGGGAUCUCCCCCGUCUGAUGGCGGCUCCAAGAGCUAUGGCAAGCGCGAGCUGUCCACUUCCAAGCGUGCUGCGCAGAACCGUGCUGCCCAGCGUGCAUUCCGCCAGCGCAAGGAAACUUACAUUCGCAAGCUUGAGGAAGAGGUCAAAAACAUCGACCCUCUCAAAGACCAGGUCAAGUCCCUGGUGAGCGAGAACUACCAGUUGCGCGAGUACAUCAUCAACCUGCAAUCGCGCCUCCUCGAAGCCCAGGGCGAAGUUCCCGAGCUCCCUGCCAACAUCGACUUGAAACUCCAGCCCCCGGGCUCCGUGCCUGCCCCUGGACCACCGACCCAGCAUCCAAGCUCGGUUUCUGAUGAUAUGAACUCCCUUAACCGCAUUGCUGCUGCAACGCUCGGCAUGCGCAAGCACCCUGAUGACACCAGCUUCCUCAAUAGCAACUUCCAGCAGAAUAAGCGGGUGCGCACGGAUGAGAACCAGGGCGAUGUAUCCGAUGGCGUGAGCAAGCAGGAGGUUACCCAUGGUCUGCCCAUGGUGAACUGA